UGUACUCUGGUAUUUGUAUCUAUGCAAUACUACAUGCGUGCGUGAGUGUUUGUGCGUGAAGUUGAAUUAAAUUAACUCGCCGGUCGCGAUUUAAAGCGGACGACUACAAGAAAACGCGGCGUGCCAGCAUCAGUUGUGGCAAGAGUUCAAUCGUGUGCAAAAAAUGUACAUACAUAUGUACAUAUAUACAUACAUAUAAGUGCAAGAACAGUUUGGUGUGUCCAUUAUUGCAAUUUGGAAUAGCACACAUACACACACAAUUCGCGUAUAACUAAAGAUCGACAGCUGCAUCGGGUGGGGUAUGCCUUGGCCCUUGACCACACAGACGCACAUCCACUGCUUGUUUCGCUGGCUGAAAAGAAUUUACCCAUUUUUUGAUACCAACAAUGGUUCCAUACAGGAAAUCAGCCACAACAACAUUGAAGGCAUGACGAUAUCCAUGAUCCAUGCCAUACCCUAAGCUCACACACGUCAUAGUGGUGGCAAGUCCUUAAAGACUACGAGAAACUAAAAACAAAACUACAAAAACAGCUAAUAAGAGAAACAAACAUUAAAAUGCUGAAAAAUGUACCAACCGAACCGUCGAAAACUUUGCCAAAGUGUUGGAAUAAAUUUAAAAGCUAAACACAAAUCACCAGUACAGUUAAUGCUAAAGACUUGAAAGUGUUAAAUUUGUAUAACAGGAAAUAGUCAUUAAAAAACAAAAACAAUAGUAACUAAAGAAAUAGAAAACAAAGGCUUACGAAAAAAAUAUAUAUAAACAAAAAAUCGGCGCACAUCAACAACAAAACACAACAUCUGAAAAACGUCUUGCGCUCCUCUUAGCGCCAAUCUCACGCCAGCUUGUCCGCGCGCUCUCCACUCAUCACAAAAUGCAACACUGCGCCACAACGAAAUUUACCGCUUUGUCGCCGCAAUUGUUGUUUCCAUCGUCACACACUCUGCUCGGCACAUUACUCAUUUUAUUGGCUUUGAGCACCUGGACCACCAUCCUAACCCCGGUCGAAUGCCAGCGGCCAUUAAUCAAUCAUACCAAUUACAAUUCGAUCGCCGCCGCGCAGCAGCACAACUAUUUGGGCAGCGGUAAACAAUUGCGCAAUGGACGCAUACGCGAUAUGCCCAUACCACAAGCGACGAUGGCGACAAUGCUGCAACGUGGCAUGCCGCUCUAUGAUGACUUCGACGGCACAGAUGGUACACGCCUACCGCCAUUGGGUGGACGUGGCGGGCGCGGUGAUAAUAAUCGCCGCCGACUAAAUCUGUCCGGACUUGGUUCGGGUAUUGGGCGACCGGAUCGGGGUAGCGGACGACGUGGUAUCGAAUCGUUGCGCAAGGAGCUAAUGAAGCCGUCGAUAGGUGGACCGGGUGGUGGCAUAAGCGGCAAUAGUGCAGGCUAUUCCUCCUAUUCGGCAACCUCUUCAAUAGGCAAGAUCGAUGGACUGGGCAGCUUGGGACCGGCUGAACGCUAUGGUGAGCAAAUGCGGCCCGGUGUAGGCACAGUUUAUGCCACACAAUUUCCGCCACAAUUCAUUGCCAAUCAACCAGGCACCGUCGACGACAAGCCGCUGCGCAUGGGUCCAAAAAAAUCGUACAAUUCAAUUUCGGAAAUACGAAAAUUGAAUAAGCAACGCUUCACGCCGCAAGGACAAGCCGAUGAACCGGAUGGUGGUGUCACUAAUGGCAAUAUCGAUGCCGACGAUAUCGAGGUGGACGAGCACAGAGAUCCAAUGGAAGUUAUCAAAGAGAAAAUGCGCAAUACAGCGCCCAAAUCGAGUCCCUAUGAAACACAGACUGACGCCCCUUCUUCGGAAAUUGAAGACCAGCUUGGUGUGAAAUGUACAUUUGAAACGCCUUGUGCUUGGAAAUGGGCAGAAGAUCUACCAGAUGGUUUCCAAGUGAUAAGCGGCAAAGAGCUAGUGAAGAUGAAUAUGACUGGUCUAUAUCCAGGGCCAAUCGCCGACACGACUGAAGAUGCGAAUGGCCACUUUCUAUACGCACGUCUACUACCCACCACUAAGCAGGUGAAUCUCACUUCACCACAAUUCAGCACCACUAUGGAGAAAUGUUUCCUCGAAGUGUACAUGCAUCAGAGCGAUAUGAGCCAUGGAGUUUCGCGCGUAGUCGUCGAACCGAUGCAUUCGCAGGAGAGCCCAUGGGUGCCGGCAGAAAUCGUGGGUGAUAACUAUCGUCAAUGGGGUCGUAAAUUCUAUCGCCUUGGACGCAUAACACGUGACUUUCGCAUUAUUUUCGAGGUAGUGCCAAAGAUGGGCAACAUCCAGAAGGCGCAUGUGGCUAUCGAUAAUUUACGCAUGGUGAAUUGUUUCCCCGAGGGUACCAAGUCAGAGAAGUGCAGCACAUCGCAAAUAAAAUGCAUGGCGAAUAAGGUGCCGGUUUGUAUACCGUUACCGCGCAUCUGCGACAUCACCAAAGACUGUGAUGAUGGCGAGGAUGAGUUGCUCAAUUGUGAUAAAAUUCCUUACGGCGGACGUUGUGACUUUGAAGAAGACUGGUGUGGCUGGCGUGAUUCGGGCAGAACGGUGCUUACUUGGUCGCGUCACACUGGUGCUUCACCCACACAUGACACCGGACCCGAUGGCGAUCAUACACAGGAACAUCUGCUGAAUGCCACCGGUGGCUAUUAUAUGCUCGUCGAUAUGAAUCAACAUAUGAAUAAUUCGGAAAAGGCUUCAAUGAUCGGUUUUGCCAGUAAUGCGUUCAUGAUCAGUAAAACUUUCAAUCCUCCGCCACUGGUGCAUGGAAACCCCAAUUCACCGUACAGAAACUCGUGUGUUGUACGCUUUUAUGUACAUCAAUUCGGCAAGAAUCCGGGUAGCAUCAAUUUAUCUGUGGUCGAGAUGAAGGAGAAGGAGAAUAUUACGACAACGCUUUGGUGGAGCAGUAAAAACCAGGGCGGCGAUUGGCUACGCGCUGAAUACCUACUGCCCAACAUCACAUCCAAAUAUUAUCUACACUUUGAAGCCCGCAUGGGUAUGCGCAUCUUCUCCGACGUUGCUGUCGAUGAUGUUUCCUUAAGUCCUGAAUGUUUUGGCAUAAACAUACCGAAAGAGCAUCUCAACGGGUACAACUACUGGGAUGUACGGCACAAUUUCCGGAGCCCAUCACAUCGAGACUAUGAACACAAACACUAUCUACAGUUAACAACGUGCGAUACGCGCGGUAUGAUAGGACCGACACAGCAACAAUGUGAGACCUCUUACAAGGAGAAUAAUCAAAGUCAUGUACUGAAGGAGGUGCGUAUCGUCGAAGAUCAAAGUUCCUACAAGGGCAUGCAGAAGUGGAAAGUACCACACGAGGGUUACUAUACCAUAAUUGCUAAGGGUGCCAGCGGUGGUCUCGGUUCUGGUGGUGUUGGAUCGUCGCGUGGCGCCAUGGCAGUUGCUGUGCUCGAGCUGCACAAGAAUGAGGAACUCUAUAUACUUGUGGGCCAACAGGGCGAAAAUGCUUGCAUCAAGUCGUUGAGUGUCAAAGAGGAUGGUUGCGGCCCCGAUGCAGAAUUGGACUUGAGCAAAUACAGCUUCAGUUCAAAACAGCAUAUGGUAAAGAAUAUUUAUAUUGAGAAUGGCGCUGGCGGUGGAGGUGGUGGGUCCUACGUUUUUCUGCUCAACUCUGCUAAGAACGAAGCUGUGCCACUGGUGAUAGCUGGCGGCGGUGGUGGUCUGGGCAUAGGGCAGUACGUUGAUGAAGACUUCCAGCAUGGUCAAAAGUCGAAUCCGAUACGCCUCGGGGUUACUGGACAAAUCCACGGAGACCAAGUGAAUUUGAAGACCGCUGGUCCAGGUGGCGGUUGGCGCGCCAAAGUUGACCAAGCGUUGAGUCCCAGGUAUGGUGCAGCUUUGCUGCAAGGUGGACGUGGCGGUCAUUCUUGCUACGUCGAAGUAAUGGGUAACAAUGAAAGCACUGUAAAUAAGCAUGGCCAAGGCGGAUUCGGCGGCGGUGGCGGUAGUUGCAAUACUGGUGGCGGUGGCGGUGGCUAUGCCGGUGGUGAUGUGUAUCUAAAUAAAUCCAAUGGCGAGGGUGGCACAUCAUUCAUCAGCACCAGUCGCAGCUUGAAGGAGUUGAGUGUUGUAUACGAAGGUGCUAGCAGCGGUGCCGGUUCGGUAAUCAUUAUACCGGCAAUCGAGGGUUGCGGUUGUGAUUAUCGUUGCAUUGCAUUAGAUGAAUAUCGUUCCUCGGUGCGCUGUAUUUGUCCCGAUGGUUGGCGGCUAAAGCGUGAUAACCAAACAGCAUGCGAGGUGAUUUCCGAAGAGCGCAUACCCUUCUCAUAUCUAAUGGGAUUCUUUAUAUUCCUGGUUGUGUUACUCGGCGCUGCUCUUACUGCGCUCAUCAUUAUUUUGUACAAUCGAUAUCAGCGUAAAAAGCAAGCCAAGCUGCGUCACAAAAUGUUACUGGAACAGGAACUACAACUCAGCCGGUUGCGACACAACACCGAAGACUCUACCCUAACUAACUUUAAUCCUAACUACGGUUGCGAUGGCAUACUUAAUGGGCAAAUUGAUGUCAAGCAGUUGCCACAAAUCGCGCGUGAAAACUUAAGACUCGUAAAGGCACUCGGUCAAGGCGCUUUUGGCGAGGUCUACCAAGGACUCCAUCGUGCGAACAUGAAUGAUACCGUGGAAUUGCCUGUAGCCGUAAAAACCCUACCCGAAAUGUCUACACGUCAAGCGGAGGAGGACUUCCUAAUGGAAGCAGCCAUUAUGUCGAAAUUCCAUCAUCCCAAUAUGGUACUUCUUCUCGGAGUUUGCUUCGAUAGGCAUCCACGUUUUAUUGUGCUCGAGCUACUAUCUGGCGGCGACUUGAAAAACUUCUUGCGUGAGGGACGCAACAAGCCGGAUCGUCCGUCGACGCUGCUAAUGGGAGACCUCUUCUACAGCGCACGAGAUGUAGCCGAAGGUUGCAAGUAUAUGGAAAGUAAAAGAUUCAUACAUCGCGACAUAGCGGCACGUAAUUGCCUGCUGAGCACCAAAGGUCCGGGAAGAAUUGUGAAGAUUGCCGAUUUUGGCAUGGCGCGGGACAUCUAUCGCAGUGACUAUUAUCGCAAGGGUGGCAAAGCUAUGCUGCCUAUUAAAUGGAUGCCACCAGAGGCAUAUGUAGAUGGUAUCUUUACAGCCAAAACAGAUGUAUGGUCGUUUGGUGUACUACUAUGGGAGGUCUUCAGCUUAGGCAUGAUGCCAUAUCCAGGUUUACAGAACCCCGAAGUAAUGAAAUUGGUUGCUAAUGGUGGCCGCUUAAGCGCACCACCCGGUUGUCCAACGGAGAUUUAUCGCAUUAUGGCUGAUUGCUGGAAUCCCACACCAGAGGAUCGUCCCGACUUUACUAGUCUAAGAGAUCGGAUUAUAGCACUUAUCGACGCUCAACUAAGCAAAAUGGCUGAACCUCUACCACCAAGCUAUUUUCGUCCGCUCUCAUCCGACCGUGAUCCGGCUGCAGUGCGCCCAACGGGCAGCGAAGAAUUAUGCUUGCCCAUGCCCGGCACCUCGGAUUACCUGAUACCGCUGGCCAACGGUGCAAAAAUAGAUCUCAUUGCCAAGAUGAACUAUGCCAGCGCUGCUGGUUGUGCACCAAAUGCUAACAUGGCCGUAGCCACCACAUCGAAAGCCAGCAGCGCCAACAUCUGCACACCGCCAGCUGUCGCUUCGCCUGAGGUACCUAAAAGUACAGCAAAACUGGAUGCUACGAAUAUAAGCGGCAAGGAUUGCUGGGAAACAUCUUUCAUUUUGCCAAACUCCAAAAGCGAUCAGCCUCUGCUGACUGGCGCAGUAGGUGGCGUUGGCCCGCUAUCCGCCAACGACUCAUCGUGCAGCAUUAACGGUAAUAGUGUCACCAAUAAUAUUUCCAAUGCCACCGGUAAUGUGAACAGCGGCCACAGCAGCAGCAGCCAAACCUCACCAAUAAUGCACAACGGCAUCAAAAUGAGUAUGCUCAAUCAUAACAACAACAACAAUAACAACAGCAGCAGCAAUAAUAAUAAUAAUCAUCAACAUCAUCAUCAACACGCCGUACACGAAGCAGAGGAAGCGAAACUUAUAAGUUUGGAUACACCACAACCGACGCCGACCACCAUACAGCCGCCACUAUCAUUCUCCUCGCAGCUGGACGGCAUCACACUUGAUCCGGCGGCGCUCACCAAAAGUCUGCAGCAGCACAAGGCUGGCGCAGGUGGUGUUGGCAAUUCAGUUGCCUCCUCAUCCUAUGCCAACAUACAGAUGAUGUCGUCGUCGGUGAAUGCGCCGCAUAAACUGGCCGGCGCAAGUGGCAUAGAUGUAGUCAAGGAGCUGCCAAAUGGUGGUGGGGAAAAAAUUAAUGGCAUGGUCGAUGCAACGCUGUAUAAUGGGCCAUCCGGCAGCGUGUUGAAUGGUGCGGCGACUGUAAAUGGUAAUGGCGCUGCGGUAGGUGACGAUACGGCGCCUUUUACAAUACAGGGCUACAAAGACCGUUACAAGGAUAAGCACGCCGAGAUCAGCUGUUAGGCUUCUGAACAAAAACAAAAAUAUAAUAUAAAAACAAAAAACAAAAACAAACAGCUGUCUAACGGCCGACAACAGUUAAGGCUGAGAGUGCCCAGCUGUUGAACGGCAGUUUGCCGAGGCGAUGGCAGCAGCGGCAGCGUAAAACGCAGCCGAUGAAUGGUCAGCGCGGUGUACAGGGUGUGUUGGUUGUAUUGUAUUUAAUUUUCACACAAAAAAUACAUAAGAAAUAUAUUUAGUAUAAAAUGGAAAACAAAUAUAUGUACGUAGUUAUUUAAGUAAACACAAAUGUAAAGUCUUAAGUUUAGGUAUUACAGUAAUACAAGACAACGGGACAAAUUCAUAAAAAAAAACGAAAAAGAAAAAAAACAGAACUGGCUGAUUUUUACAAAACCAAAUUUAAAUACAAAUAUUUAUAUUUAUUUAAGUAAGUGUUAAAGAAAUGAAUAACAAAUAGAUAAAGGCAAACCUAAAUUGACAGUGAACUUAAAUAAAGACCAAAAUAAUAAGAACAAAAACAAAUUCACAAUAUAAUAUGGACACUGUAAGAUAAAAACAAAAAAUGUGUGAGCUAGUUUACGGUUAAAAAAAAAUUUACACCUAAAGGUUAAAUGUAUAAUUGAAAAAUCUGCAACUAGAAAUACAUAAAAUAAAUAUUGUAAGCUAAUUUGUUUAAGUUUUAUGUGGAGUGUGUGUAAAUAGAGUAGUUUAUCUAUAUAAAAAUGUGUGCAAAGAAUCCAUCACAAAUAAUUGCAUGUAAUUUUCAGAAUGAAAGGGGCGCAUA